AUUAUAAGGCCGCAUGCAAACGUUUGUAAAUAACGACGAAUAAGAAGACUAUGCAGUUCCCAGUGCGCAUGCCUCAACAUCCCCUCAGCAGGUAAACUCCACCAUGGCGGCGAGAGGCCAUGUGCAAGAUCCCAACGACAGGAGGCUCAGACCCAUUUACGAUUACCUAGAUAAUGGCAACAAUAAAAUGGCAAUACAGCAAGCGGAUAAACUGCUUAAGAAACAUAAGGACCUGCACUGUGCCAAGGUACUAAAAGCCAUUGGCCUUCAGAGAACUGGGAAGCAGGAUGAGGCCUUCUCUUUAGCACAGGAGGUGGCCACGCUGGAGCCCACCGACGACAACUCGCUGCAGGCUCUGACUAUACUGUACAGAGAGAUGCAUCGUCCGGAGUUGGUCACCAAGCUGUACGAAGCUGCCGUGAAGAAGGUGCCCCUGAGUGAGGAGUACCACUCCCACCUCUUCAUGGCCUACGCUCGUGUCGGGGAGUACAAGAAGAUGCAGCAGGCAGGAAUGGCGUUGUAUAAAAUCGUGCCCAAGAAUCCCUACUACUUCUGGUCGGUCAUGAGUCUGGUGAUGCAGGCCAUCUCUGCACAAGAUGAAAAACUGGCCCAGAUCAUGUUCCUGCCUCUGGCCGAGCGCAUGGUGGAGAAGAUGGUCAAAGAGGAGAAGAUUGAGGCUGAAGCAGAGGUGCAGCUGUAUUUCAUGAUCCUCGAGCGUUUAGGAAAAUGUGAAGAGGCUCUUGACGUGGUCCGGGGGCCGCUGGGAGAGAAGUUGACCAGUGAGCUGCAGAGCAGGGAAAACAAGUGUAUGAUGCUGUACAAGAGACUACAACGGUGGCCGGAGUGCAACGCCCUGGCCCAUAAGUUGCUACUGAAGAAUCCUGAUGAUUGGCAGUUCUAUCCUAUCUACUUCGACUCUCUCUUCCACCUCAUGGAUCAGUCGUGGAGUCCACCAGAAGAAGGCGAACAUUGUUCAGAGGGUUCAGUCCAUUACACUGUGGCAGAGGUGAUCAGGUUUGUGGAGGAGAGAAUCAAAGCUGAGGACGGCAAAGAGUCUCACUCACUCAGAGGACCGUACCUGGCUCGGCUGGAACUAAUACAUCGACUGAGACAGAGAGGCUGCACAGAAGAACGUUCACUGGGUGAGCCUUUGGAGCUGAUGGUGCAGUUCUUUGGGAAGUUUGGAGACAAACCCUGCUGCAUCACAGACCUAAAGCUGUACCUUCACCUGCUGUCUGCUGAUCAACAUGUCCAGUUCAUCAACCAUCUGAGUGAAGCAGCUCCUCUCAGAGAGCAGGGAGACAAAGGCCUCAGUUUCCCAGAAGAUACCAAAGCAUUGCAGAGGCAUCUGUGUGUCUGUCAGCUGAGUCGAGCACUGGGCCUGCAGCACAGUCUCAGUGUCGAUGGGAAGCUGCAACUCAUCACUGAACUGAAGGCUCACUAUCAUCAUGGCCUCAAGUUUGGGAAUACUGCUCUGAAGACCGAGCUGCAGUUUUCUGACAUGUACUGUCUGAUGGCUGCUCAUGUUUAUAUCGACCUGUGGACAGAGACUGGCGAUGAGAACAUGGUGUGGCAGGGUCUGGGUCUCCUGCAGGAGGGACUCUCUCACAGUCCCUCCAACGCUCAGUUCAAGCUGCUGCUCCUGCUCCUCUACUGUCGCCUGGGAGCCUUUGAGCCCGUGGUGGAUCUUUACACCAGCUUGGAUGCCAAGCAUGUGCAGCAUGACACCAUAGGGUUCUUACUGACCCGUUACGCAGAGUCACUGGGUCAGUUCGCUGCAGCCUCCCAGUCCUGUAACUUCUCUCUCAGGUUUUUCCACUCGAACCAGAAAGAUACCUCAGAAUAUAUCAUCCAGGCGUAUAAGUACGGUGCAUUUGAGAAAAUCCCAGAGUUCAUUGCUCUUAGGAACAGGUUAAAUCAAUCGCUUCACUUUGCCCAAGUCCGCACUGAGAGAAUGUUGCUGGACCUGUUCCUCGAGGCCGAUAUUGUGUUGAAUCUAGAGGAAAGUGUAAAGGCCAUGUCUCUGUGUGCAGAGGACGAUGACAUCCCCUGGGAUAACCUCAGAGACAACAGAGACCUCACAGUUUUCACCAGCUGGGACCCUGCAGAGAGGCAGCUCACCGACACGCAGCGACAGCAGUCUCUGGAGGAGGAGUCUGUCUGGCUCAGAAUACGCUCCCUAACACUUCGCCUCCUCGCCUUUCUGGCCGGCCAGGGACACGCGCCCUCGCCACAGAACUCUGAGGUCACUACUGAAAAUGGAGUCGGCGACAAGACGUCAAUCCUGAGCAGCCUGCUGUCUCAGCUCAAUCAGACGCUCCAGACAGCCAAUCAGAUGGCAGAGAAAUGCACACAAUACCCGUUUUUGGGACCUCCCUCCACCCGUUUGGCACCAGCGUUGUCCAGUGGAAGCUGCCAGUGUCAGGCUGCAGCCCUGCAGCUGUCUGUCCACCUACUGGAGCUGGACUCUGUAGGACUAGAUGACUCGUCGGAGCUACAAACGCAGAUCUCUAACACUUUUAAAUCUUUAGUAGUACAGCUUCAAGAAAUGUUAAAAAAAUGCCAAGGUGAUUUAUUGGAAAUGAAAGAAGGCAAAUUGAAAACCCGGCCGACUUUAUUAGAAAAUCUGAUCUUCUUUGUGGAGACGAUGUGCGUAGUCUUGUGGGUGUCUAGUUACUGUGCAAAGAUUCUGCGACCGCUCAAAUCUAGUCUACAGAAGAAGAAGAAGAAGAAAAAGGACACAAACACGACUCUGCCCGUGGUGGUGUGUGGCUUCCAGGAGCUGACAGGCAGUUUGCAGGACGUGAUCUCCCAGGCUUUGGAUCAUAUAAAGGGGCAGGAAACUGGCAUGGUUGCCCUCAAACUGAGCAGCUUAACCAUAGACGGUCACACAGAGGAGGAGACGUCUUUUAUGAAAUCUGCUAUGGACAAGGUGCAGAGCAGCUACCUGCGCUCUCUACAGGAGGUGGGGGAGCUGCUGAAGAAGAGAGCAGAAACUAUAAAGAACCUUAAGAUCUGAACACGGUCACUGCCCACCGUCACAGUGACUAUACGUCCACCAUCAGCCCCCUUCACGUCCUCCGGCUCCACCUCUCAGCUCAGCCUAACCUGCAAGUACUGCGUUUUACUGGCCGCUCCAACGAUCCCAGACCAGACGGACCCUCUUCGACCCCAGCACAUUUCUCAGUCACUGUAUGUCAGCUUUCUGUCUGGAUUUUUAUCAUUUCCUUCUUUUUUUUGUCACUGCGACACACACCUCACACAUUGGCAGUUCUUACAGCACACGAGCGUGUAAGUACAAUAGGUUUAUACAGCAGUAAUAAAUAAAAAUGGUGAAGAAGAAAAAAGAAGCUUGUUUUAAAAUAAAUCAGGAAGAUGAGUACUCACUUUAAAGAAAAAAAAAGAUUGUAUUUGGUUCAACCUCCACAGUAAUGAGAGAUAAGAACAUGAUAAACCACUACUGUGUACCAUCUGUGCUCCUCACUGUUUCUACUGGAGAAAACAGACCAUGAAACACGGCUCUCACUGAGGGGAAAAAAAUAAAAGACUCCUGUCGACAUGCUGCUUCCUCAGCCCUGCGCUUUUCAAAGGGCCAAACUAGCAAUGAAAGAAUGCGUUUGGAAACACGGACAUGCGGCUAGCAGCUGAUAGAACUGACGUUUUUACAAUCAACAUCCUUUUCUUUUUUGUCACUGCUCUGUUUUGUUCUUUUCUUCCUUCGUGUAUCUUGUGUGUCGUUUUGGUGCGCAGAGCAGAACCACCUCUGUAGUUGCAGUAUUAAGAGCAGUGUUGUCCAGCAGGACAAUGUUUUGUGUUUGUUUGUUUGUUUUUUAUAUUGACUGCGUCUGACUGUGUGGUUUAUUUUUCAUUUGGAGUUCAUGUGACCCUUGUAAACAUGUCUGUGUGGGGAAAACGGUUGUUCCAGCACAAAAGACAAACCCAGACAUGGCUCAAAUCACCCCAGUCUGACUGGACUGGUCAUAUAAAUAUUUAAUAAGAGACUGUAUCUUGUGUCCAAAUAAGAUUGUUCACCAGAAGUGGUGUGUUUUCUACUUGCGUCUUUUAUUAGCCUCACUCAGACUCUGGUGUUAACAUCCGACCUGAGAGAUCUCAUGACAGGCUGCUGAAGAGGGGUUUUUUCUUAUUUUUUACAUUGGGCAUUAUAAUGUGUGGAGAGUGAGUCUAGUGUUAGUGCUUGGAGUUGGAUUUACUAUGACGGUGGGACGGUGAGGUGUGGUCGUGACUGUGUGUGUGUGUUUGUGCUUCAGCUUCUUCCCCUCAGUCAAGUUGCAGAAUUUCGUUAGCUCAACACGAACUACAGGUGUGAAUAUCGGUGUGAAUGGUUGUUUGUCUCUAUGUGGGGCUGCGUUGGGCUGGUGAACUGUCCAGGGUGUAACCCUGCCCUCACCUGGCGACUGCAGGAAUUGGCUCCAGCGCCUCCACCAAACCAAACCAAAAAAGGGUGAAGAUGAAGUCGUAGUAGCAAUAAUACCGGACUGUGUACGAAUUGGUGAAAGCCUUCAGUUCAACCACAAUGUUAUUUUUUGUUGUUGUGGUUGAAGCAGCAUCCAACACAGGCUUCCUGGUUUUGGUAGCUACUCCUUCAUGCUGAUCUGUAAAACUUACCUACAAAUAUUGACCAUUGGUCCCAAAUGGUUUUAUGUUUUUAUUUUAAAAUGUUUUAAAUAAAACUGCAUUUGAAAAACAAAAGGAAAAAAGCAUAAUUGGGAGACUGGAUUGGCUGGGGUGUGUCAGUGGCUGGUUACUGAGGGAUGGAAUGUCCCAAAAACAGCAUCAUUAACGCAUGGGGAGGAAAGAUGUUUGUUUUCAAAAGUAAUGUUUGUCCACAUGUCCUAAACUUUCUAACACAGGUUCGGUCAUUUUCUGUGUCUAGAGUUAGACUUUGUGCCUGGAUCUCUCAGGACUGAUGUUCACAGAUGCAUGUAUCAAAUUGCAAGGAACUCUCACGGUGAAGUAAGAGGAAAUCCUGUCAAUAACUCCUCCAGAAUGUAUUAGAUGUCCCUUUUUACAGCAUAUAUAUUUGACUCUGCGUAAAGGAUGAUUCUGUCAACUGUAGUCCCUGUGUGACUGUACAGACUGUGACCUUCACUCAACAUCCAGCUUUGUAGAAACCUGCUUCCUAUGAUUUUUCUGUUCCCAUCUCUUAACCCACUAAGGUGUGUUUCACAGACCAACGUUGGACCUUAUUAUUAUUGUACCAACACGUACAGACAGCUUCAUGAAAGUACAGUUUGUACGAGGACAGUAGUAAAGUUGCCUCCAAUAACCAUAGACCCAAAAACCCUUGCUACAAACAAGACUCACAAACCAAAAUGAAGACAUCAGCUCCAGCGUCUUCAACAUCGUGUGGGUGUGAAACUGGAGUCUUGUCGACUUUAUAACCAAUGAGGAGGGAGUGCAGCGUAAAGAUGGGAGCCAAUGGUGAACCCCCCUCCUCUAAUAAACUUGUAUGUGCACACAAUCAUGCACACGUCUGAACAGAGGAGAGGAUGUUAACCUGAGAACCUGUGUUGUGUUCAGGUUCAGAGUAAUGGUUGACAAUCUGAAGUGUCAUUAACCCUGACUUUUGUUAGAAAUGGAAUCCAGAAGCACUGGACGUCAAAGCUUUUCUAAAGAAAAUAAAGAAAACAAAAAUAA